AUGGCGGCUCUCGGGGCGCUGCUGCUGCUGCUGCUCGCUGCGGCCGCCGGACUGCGCCCAGGUGUGGCCUUCAGGUGCUUCACGUGUGAGCAGCCCACCUCCAUCUCCUCCUGCACCAACAUCACCCGCUGCACGCCUGAGCACACGGCCUGCAGGACCACGCUGGUGAUGGGCCAGGCGGAAUACCCCUUCAAUCAGAGCCCCCUGGUAACCCGGUCCUGUGCCAGCUCCUGCAUGGCCACCGACCCCGACAGCAUUGGGGACGCCCACCUCAUCCACUGCUGCUUCCAGGACCUCUGUAACUCCGUGGGGGCCGCCGGGCUGGGCGCCGCAGCCCUGGCCACACUGGGGGCCAUGCUGCUGGGCCACCUCUUUCCCUGA